AGCGCUCCCGCCCGGCCCGCAGCCCCGGCAUGGCGGCGCGCACGUGCGCGGCGGGGCCCGCCCGCUCCGGGGCCGCGCUGGAGGCGGCGGCGGGGCCCGGUCCGGCCCGCGGAGGGGCCCGGGGGACAGCGGGCCGGGCAGCGGGCAGGGCCGGGCCUGGCCAGGCCCCGCCGCAGUCAGCGGGCCCGGGCCGGGCCGGGGCGGCCCCGCGCGGCCAUGGCGGCUCGGCCAUGUUAGCGGGGCCCGGCCGGGCCCGGAGCGGCUCCCGCGGGCUCCUCCGCCCGGGCAAAGGCUCGGGGGCUGCGGGGAUGAACCUUCAGGUGAAGGAGCUGGUCCUGGACAACUGUCGCUCGGAGGAUGGCAAGGUGGCCGGCCUCUCCUCAGACUUUGAGAACCUGGAGUUCCUCAGCAUGAUCAACAUCAACCUGCUCUCCGUGUCCAACCUCCCCAAACUCAACAAGCUCCGGAAGCUGGAGCUGAGUGAUAAUAGGAUUUCUGGUGGCCUUGAAGUUCUAGCAGAGAAAACUCCCAACCUGACACACUUGAACCUAAGUGGCAACAAGAUCAAAGACAUCAAUACCCUGGAGCCCUUGAAAAAGUUGCCAAACCUCCACAGUCUGGACCUGUUCAACUGUGAGGUGACGAUGCUCAUCAACUACCGGGAGAGCGUCUUUGCCCUCCUGCCCCAGCUCACCUACCUGGAUGGCUUUGAUGCUGACGAGCAGGAGGCCCCUGACUCAGACCCUGAAGCAGAUGGGGAUGCACUGGAAGAUGAUUAUGAGAAUGGGGAAGAAGGUGAGGAAGAGGAGGAUGAUGAGGAGGAAGACGAUUUGGAUGAAGAAGUCAUCGACGACGAGGAAGAUGAAGACGAUGAUCUGGAAGGUGAAGAGGAGGAGGAUGGAGUAGAUGAUGAGGAGGAAGAUGAGGAGGAGGAUGGUGAGGAGGAUGAAGAAGAUGAAGCUGAAGAGGACCACCCGUGUGGGCAGAAGAGAAAACGAAGUCUAGAGGAUGAAGGAGAGGAAGAUGCAGAGGAUGAAGAGGAUGAUGAGGAUGACUGAUCCCAGCGAGCCAAUCAGUUUUACAGACUCUGACUGUGCUUGUCUUAACCUCCCCGUUGUGUCUGUGUGAGACUGUAAAUCCCUGUCUCCCACUCCUCCUCCUCCCCCUUUGUAUGGCUGCAGCGUCCACAAUAUAUUUUUUUAAGAUUUAGAAUACUGUAGGCAUUCAGGGGAAUCUUCCAUACAAGGCUCACUUUUUUUCUCACAAGUAUCUCAUGACCAAAGGCUUUUCUCCGUUCAGUGGUUUGUGCAGCAGCUUAAAAAAAAGCGAAAAAAAAAGCAAAAAAAAGCCAAAAAAAAUCAAAAAAAGAGGAAAAAAAAUAAUCUCCUCCUUAGGGUAUCUGUGUGUCCCAAAUCAGCUGUGCCACACUGGACUCAGAGCUCCAGCUGUCACCCUGCCAGCACGGAAGGCCUUUGCCACCCUCGUGCCCUCAGCCCAGGGCUCUGAAGAUGCUUUUUGAGCCACCUCGGGUGCAAAAUCUGGUUCAUCUGCGUGGACUCACGAGGAUCCUGAGGGUAUCUCAGAUCUGAAAUCAUGGUGAUGUGAUCUCUGGACAUGCUUGAAGAUGCUUUGGUGCUGGGGAUGGGGGUGCCUGGGGUUUUGGGGGAGGGAGGGAGGGGCUGCUUGCAUGACCUGGUACCUCUGCCGAUGCACCUUGCAGUAACCCUGCACUUGCUUUCCUAUUUUAUUUUAUGAACUGGAACAUUUUUCCCAUUGGCCACUCGAGAACCCUCCCUUGGGCUGUCCCAGGUCAGGGGGGUUCCUGUGUCUGUGUCGUUGCUGCAGGGAGCCCUGCAGCUGCUGUGGGAAGGGAUAGGGAAUGCAGGUGAGGGGUACUGCUCCUCCACCCCUCAUUUCACACUGCACAGCCCUGUGCAGCCACCAUCACUGUGAUUGAUGCUCCUGCAGACCGUGUUAGCCUGGAAAUUCUCAGGGUCCUUCUGCCAGCCAGUGCCACCUCUGCACGGGCCCCUGGUGCCAGCCUGGCCUGGGCAUCCUCCUCAUCCUCCUCCUGGGUUCCCAGCAGGGAGCAGAGCUCCAGCUCCCCCCUCGGGGUACCCCUUGGUGGCUGGAGGGAGGAUCUGGGGGAGCCAGGCAGGUGCAUGCAGCAUUCCCAACCCCAUUCCCACCUUCCCUGCCAUCCCAGAGGUGUCCAGCCAGCGCAUCCCUGGGGAGAAGGGCCCGGGGAGGGAGGGAGGGAUCUCGGGGUGGGGCAGCCCGGGGGUGCAGACAAGCACUGGCACUUUGUGGCAUUCCCGCUGGGGCUCCGUGUGCCCCCGGGGCCGAGGCUCCAGCCCUUCCCUCCUCUCCCGGGGGGUGUGGGGUGUGCUCAGCAGCACAUCCCCCCCCUCCUGCCUCGCUUCGCUGGUGUCUCUUGCAUUGUACAGUCGCUGUGACCAUUCGGAGAAGAACUAAUCCUGUAAAAUGCAAACUGAGUAACUUAUAAAUGUUUAAGGAAUUUUAAAAAAGAAAAAAAAAAAAAAGAGCAGCAGUUACUUCUAAUUUUUUCCCUGCAUUUUUAGCAGAUUGUAUGGAUUUUAUAUUAGCCUAGUAACUGUCAGGUUUUGAUUGGUCAGACUAGUCCCAGAAAUAAGGAUCUCCAGCCCUUUUGUAUCUUUUGUUACAAAAUUUGGAUAAAACUUUAAUAAAGACUUCAGUUUUUAAAAAUCCA